GAAGGGGGGGCGGGGCUUAAACGUGGCAGGGCGGUUUCUGUUCUUUCUGUCAGGCAAAUCAUGUCUGCGACAGUUGGGGAUUCUCCUUCGCUCGCUGUCUCCUCUUCCCGGCCGUCGGGGGAUGCCGACUUGGGGUCCCCUCACAUAGCGGCGCUGGUCCUGGCUCGAGGCGGCAGCAAAGGGAUCCCGCUAAAGAACAUUAAGCUCCUGGCUGGCGUUCCGCUGAUUGGUUGGGUAUUGAGGGCAGCCCUCGACUCCGGCGCCUUCCAGAGUGUGUGGAUUUCCACGGAUCACGAUGAAAUUGAGAAAAUUGCCAAGCAGUUUGGAGCUCAGGUUCAUCGGAGGAGCUCUGAAGUAUCUAAAGAUUCUUCGACUUCUUUGGACACCAUUAGGGAGUUUCUCCAAUAUCACGAGGAGGUUGAUGUUGUAGGGAACAUUCAAGCAACUUCCCCUUGCCUGCAUCCCACCGACCUGGUCAAAGUGGUCAGAAUGAUCUGUGAGGAUGGCUUUGAUUCGGUCUUUUCAGUCGUGCGGCGGCACCAGUUCAGAUGGAGUGAAAUUAAAAAAGGAGUCUGCGAAGCAACCGUCCCGCAAAAUCUGAAUCCUGCCAAGCGUCCUCGGCGACAGGACUGGGAUGGGGAACUUUAUGAAAAUGGAUCGUUUUACUUUGCCAAGAGGGCCUUAAUUGAAAAGGGAUAUUUGCAGGGUGGGAAAAUGGCAUACUACGAAAUGCGAGCUGAGCAUAGCGUGGACAUAGAUGUGGAUAUAGAUUGGCCUAUCGCGGAGCAACGGGUCUUAAGAUAUGGCUACUUUGGGAAAGACACCUUAAAGGAAGUGAAGCUUCUGGUUUGUACCAUUGACGGAUGCCUCACCACCGGCCACAUCUACAUCUCGGAAGACGGAAAAGAGAUGGUUUCCUAUGAUGUCAGAGACGCUGUUGGAAUCAGUCAGCUUCAGAAAAGAGGCGUCGAGGUGCAUCUGAUCUCUGAGAGAGACUGUUCCACCAAGGGGCUCUUCACCUCGAAGCUGGGCUGCACCGUGGAAGUCGGGGUGAUAGACAAGCUGGGCGUCGUGGAGAAAUGGCGGAAGGCCAUGGGGUUGUGCUGGAAAGAGGUGGCAUACUUAGGAAACGAAGACUCGGAUGUGGAGUGCCUGAAAAAAGCCAGCAUGAGCGCCGUCCCUGCAGAUGCUUGUCCGGCUGCGCAGAAAGCGGCGAGCUACAUUUGCAGGUCCAGUGGUGGCCGCGGGGCUGUUCGCGAGUUCGCCGAGCACAUCCUCCUUUUGAUGGAAAAGGUGAAUUCGGCUGGAAAAAAUUUGGGCCGACCAAGCUAGGGAGUCGCCUCCGAGCAGCGUCGCCUCUGGGAGAGAUGGAAUUCUGCUUCGUUGAUUUUGCUGGGGGUGUCUUUCCUCUGCUUGGCUUUUGACAUUUCCAAGAUUUCCAAAAAAGGACCCGGAUGAGAAUCUUCAAAAUAUCUGCUUUAUUAUUGUUAUUAUUAUUGCACUGUGGUGAAAUCGUUACUGAAUUGAUGCAGACCCAGGGUGGCAGGAAAACCCAAUAAAUCCAAAGACAUGCUAAUGUCAUAUGUGUCUAUGGAGGUUCUCGGUCAUCCUUGACAUGGUUGUCCCAAGAGACAACCGGACUUUCUUGGUUUUUCUUUUGAAGACGUUUCGCUUCUCACCCAAGAAGCUUCUUCAGCUCUGACUGGAU